AAUGUCAGCAGCAGGAAGGGAGGUGCUAUAAAAAGGGACAGCCGUCAGUUGGCCAGCCAGAGUAGAUCCCAAAGUCACCUAGCGGAAGGACCCCCCUGAGGAUAACGCAGCGUCUCGACUAAAUCCUUUCGAAAACUUUUUACCCCCCCGUGAGGUCGCACAUUAAAUCGCCCUCAUGGACGUCCAGAGGACCGGAUCGUUGCUUCGCCCUCCGAGCCCCAUGGACAGCCUGGAGAAACAACUGAGCUGCCCCAUCUGCCUUGAAAUGUUCACCAAGCCGGUGGUCAUCCUGCCCUGCCAGCACAACCUGUGCCGCAGCUGCGCCAGCGACCUCUACGACUCGCGCAACCCCUACCGCUUCUCCGGCGGCGUCUUCCGCUGCCCCACCUGCAGGUUCGAGGUGGUGCUGGACCGCCACGGCGUGCACGGGCUCCAGCGCAACCUGCUGGUGGAGAACAUCAUCGACAUCUACAAGCAGCAGCAAGAAGUGACCGGCGGCGGCGGCAAUACGGAAAGCUCCCUCAAGCCCAAAGAGUCCAAGGAGCCCAAAUGCCAGGAGCACGAAGACGAGAGAAUCAACAUUUACUGCAAAACCUGCCAGACCCCGACCUGCUCCAUGUGCAAAGUGUUUGGCCUGCACAAGGACUGCGAAGUGGCGCCCCUGGAGAGCGUCUUUCAGAGCCAGAAGACCGAACUGAGCAACGCCAUCGACGGCCUGGUGGCCAGCAACAGCCGCCUGCAGUCUCUGCUCAUCCAGAUGGAAGACGCCUGCCGCGUCGUCCAGGAAAACGCCCAGCGCGCCAAGCAAGGCCUGGCCGAGCGCUUCGACCUGCUCUACGCCGUCCUGGAGGAGCGAAAGACCGUCCUCCUGGAGCAGAUCGGCAAGGAGCAAGACCAGAAGGUGGCCACGCUGCGGGCGCUGUCCCAGCGUUACGGCGAGCGACUCCAAGCCAGCACCGACCUGACCGACUCGGCCGUCAGGGCCCUGGAGCAGAGCGGCGCCGCCGAGUUCCUGGUGGCGGCCAAGGGCCUCAUCACGCAGACCAAAGACGCGGCCAAAGGCUCGGCGGGCGAAGAGCGCCCCGAGCCCGGUUUCGAGAAGAUGGAUCAUUUCGCCGUGUCGACGGAGCACGUGGAAGCGCUGCUGGCCAAGAUGGACUUUGGCUCCGACGACGAUGAUGAUUUCGACGAUGCCGAGGAAGAGGAGGAAUGAUGGACAAUGACGUUCUGACAAGAGUACGGCGGGCAGGGACCGGGGCCAUGUUCACAAAGUGGCGGGAGGGGUGAGAUGGGUCGGGCUCGCGUCACUCGCCAGUACUUUCAGUGCAAUAUUUAACAGCAAUGUGGAAUACAUUCACUUUCCUUUUUAUACUUUUGUACUUGGAACCACUUGAAUGUUGGAUAAGAGCAGAUGUCAACCAAGCAAUGUCAAAGAUUUUCUUUCAAAUGUAGCUGAUGCUUAGAGACAUUUGCCACUUUGCUUGACUUACUUGGAACCCCAAAUAAAGCUGCAUGAUAUGAAAUUG